CAGGCAAUAUAUAUUUAUAUUAAUUUACAAAUAUAUACAUAAUCAACAUAUACAUAAUACCUGUACACAUUUAAGAAUAUUUAUACACUAGAUGGAAACGGUGACCUCUCAUCAUUAAACUUUUUUAUUUUAAAAUCACGUGGACCUAUUUCAUCUUAGGCUUCUCUAUAAAUGGAGGAGGAUAUCAUUGCCCAACAAACACAACAAAGAAAAAAUACUCAUUGAGAUGGACAUCUUCACUUUCUUCCAUUCAUGGCUUUUUUCGACAGUAUCAAUUCUCUUUUUUUCUUCUAUCUUCAUAUAUGCUCUUCGAUGGAAGAAAACAUCCAAGCCUGCUCCUAACCUUCCCCCCAGCCCUCCUAGGCUUCCGAUAAUAGGAAACUUGCAUCAAGUGAUAGGUAAAAACUUCCAUCAAAUCCUAUGGAAAGUCUCCCGAAAAUACGGCCCUAUUAUGACUGUCCAUUUAGGUUCCACACCAUACGUCAUCAUCUCCUCCAGUGAAUUUGCAAAUCAAGCCUUAAAAACCCACGAUCAGAUACUUUGUAAUCGUCCACGUUCCAAGAGUUUCAAACGACUAACUUUCGAUUACAAUGACGUUGCUUUCUCCCCUCAUGCUGAUCAAUGGAAGGAGAUGCGAAAGGUUUUGGUAACCGAGUUGUUAGGUUCUAAGAGGAGUAGAUUGUUCAAAAAAGUGGUAGACACUGAGGUCAAGGGCAUGCUCGAUUCUUUUUCAUCACUGCCUUUGAAUACUACCAUUGACCUAGAUGAGAGGCUCUUUCAUCUUGUAACCGACAUUGUUAGCAAGGUUGCACUGGGUAAGAGCUAUAGAGAAGAGACGUUUAGGGGUAAAAAAUUAAAAGAGAUGCUUGAUGAUCUGGUAAUCUCUCUUUGUGGUUCUGUUUCCGAUAUUUAUCCAGGUAGAUUAGGGUUGAUAUUAGACGAACUACUUGGGUUUAAUCGGAGACUUGAAAAGACUUUCAGUAAUUUUGAUGCCUUCCUUCAAAUGGUUCUUGAUGAGCAUAUUGAUCAUACUGGAACAAGUGACAAUGAAAAAGAUAUUGUUGAUGCAUGCAGAUCUCAGUUGACUACAAACGAAAUGAAAGCCCUUUUGAUGAAUGUGCUAAAUGGAGGAAUUGAUACAAAUAAUACGACAAUGGUGUGGACAAUGUCUGAGAUUAUUAAAAAUCCUAGAGUUAUGAAAAAGCUACAGGAAGAAAUUCGAAGAUGCGUUGGAAGAAAAUCAAGCGUUGAGGAAGCAGAUGUUGCAAAUAUGCCAUACUUAAAGUUGGUGGUGAAGGAGGCGUUAAGAUUGCAUUCGACUGUUCCGUUCUUGCUUACAAGAGAAUGUGUAAAGCAUUGUCAGAUUGGUGGGUACGACAUCUUCCCAGGGACAAGAGUGUUGAUAAAUGCAUGGGGGAUAGGAAGGGAUCCAAAAGUCUGGACAGAGAGUGCAUCCAUCUUCAAUCCUGAGCGCUUAGAAAACCUUGAGUUGGAUCGUAGUGAGAUGAUUCCAUUUGGAGGGGGCAGAAGAGCCUGUCCAGCGGCAAGCUUUGCUACUCAGAUUGUGGAAUAUACGAUUGCAAACCUUUUUUACUCCUUUGAUUGGCAACUUCCAAAUGGAAUGAAGAACGAGGAACUGGACAUGGAAGAGGUAGGAUCCCUGAUUGUUGUUAGGAAAACGCCUCUUACCCUUGUGCCUGUGAAGUACGAUUGGCAAGACUAGUAAUUGUCGGUUUUCGAUGUUAAGAAGAUUUUGAAAGUAAUAUGCAUGUAAUAAGUUUAUUUGGAUAAAAUAAGUUCAUUGAAUAUGGGGUUAUGUAUGAGUUGCUAGA